AUGGUCGACCCGAUUCGUGCUGUUCCUCCAACUCCCGAAGGGUAUUACGCAACGAACAACGAGUUUCUAGUGAGUGGGUCAAAGGGUUUCACGGAGAUGAAGAUGCUUGAGAACGAAGAAAGCUUCUUGAGGAUUGACCUUCCCGGUGUUCCAAAAGAGGGCUUGACGGUUUCACUUGACCCGUCUAAGAGAUUUGUGUUGGUCACAGGCGAAGCACCUAAGUUCCAACACGACUCAUCUGACCGGAAAUACGGAAUCUUCCCCGGCAUCACCUGCGACUGUUGUGAGCUCUCCGGCUUCACCACCGACUUGCGUGACGGCGUUCUAAGACUUAUCCUCUCCAAGAUAAACCACAUGCCACAACGUAAUAAAUGUUUUGUCUUCUCUAUUUGUGGUAAAAUUAAAGAUCUUCGUAGCAAAGGUCCUCACAAGUUUCCACAUGGCUCGGAUCCCAAUGACCCGGUGUACACAGGUCCGGUAUUGGAGUCACACCCAUGUGUGUUUCAAGGAUCAGGUUUGGCCUAUGAGUCGAAGCAGCUCCAAAACGGCAGCCUCUACGUGCGUGUUGACAUGCCUGGCCAUCCCAAGGAGAGGUUCACCGUCUCAGUCGCCUACGGGAGAGUGAGUGUCACCGGUGAAGCUCCUGUCGUUAGCCACCACGACCAAGGUGCCCGUUUCUACUCUGGUGACGUGGCUAUGCUAUCUACACCUGUCGACAUUCCUAGCCAUCGGAUCCAAACCAUCGCCAAGGACGGUGUGCUUCGUUUGAUCAUCCCUUCUGUUUGA